AGCGUUAAGUGUUACUGAUUCCAAACGCAGGAAGCAACGCACACCAGUCGGUAUAUCCUAACUGGUUAGUUUUUUUUGCAUCUGGUGAAGAACAUAAUCGCAAACACUUUCUGGGGAUCCAACAUUUCUGACUUCCUAGAGCCUUUGAACAAUUCAAUCUGCAAAAUUCUCCUUCCGCCGCAGAAACUGCUGUAAAUUUGAUACAGUUCUUGUAGCUCCAUUUGCUAUUGAUGAUCUCUGCACAAUCGAUCUGAAUUUCGUAUUCUGGGAUACUGUUAUAGAUUGUGAAGAUAGAUUUAUCGAGUGUUGCAGCGUAAUGGACAAGAAGUUUAGCGCCGAAGAUCUGUCGACUAUCGGAGGAAUUGCUACAGUUUCGCUUCUUCAUUCUUUCAUUCCAACGCAUUGGCUUCCCUUCUCUAUCGUUGGCCGCGCUCAGAAAUGGACUCUUUCCAGAACCCUCCUUGUCAGUAUUCUGGCGUGCGUGGAAUUUGAUCAGCGUGUCUCUACCAGUGUGUUUUGUAUAUCGGCACUUGGAGCGGUUUUGCAUGUGUUUUCCACUUCAAUUCUUGGUAUAACAGCAGUAACCAUGGCAAAUACAAUUGCUGGAGAAGAAACUGUUCACAAACUUGCUUCACUUUUGCUUGUAUUUCUCGGUGGUAGUUAUGUGUUACUAUUUCUCUCUGGAAAGGGUGGACACUCUCAUUCUCACAACCAACCCAUGGAGAAAAUGGCUGUUGCAGGACUGGUUCUUGUACCUGCAUUAUCUCCCUGUGCAACUACACUUCCUGUUUUUCUUGCUGCUGGGAAUUCAUCCUCUAUGAUGGUGCUUGCUAUCAUAGUGCUUCUAUUUAGCAGAGACAAUCUGCAUUAAUUGUGGAUGCCUCCUUAACACCUCAUCUUGGUAGGCCAGUGUAAACAUGAUAACAUAAAUCUGUAUAUAGGUAUGUGCAUGUGCUAUUAGGGAGUUCUUCUAGUUGAUAAUUUCUAAUUAACCACUUUUAGAAUUGUGCAGAAUUGUUAUAAAUUUAAAGUAUAGACGGACCAUUACUUUCUUACUAUUUUGAACUUUUUUUGUAAUUUUUUUUGUGCACUUGUUACUUUUUGAGGGUGAGCAUUAAUGCAAAAUAAGAUAUUUGAUUUUGGAGUUCAAAUUAUGGAAACAACCUCCUAGAGCUGGCUUUGGAGGAAGUUACACGCACUAAGACACCACACCCCUUUUUACUUUUGUUGCUUUUGCUUUUCUUGGUUCCCUAUUUCAUUCAUAUCCAAGUGGCUCUUAAAGUUGCCUCUCUCUUAUAAAAGCUGAGUUCGCUGUGUUAAUGAUAGUCUAAUGCAGGAUUUAAAUAAGUGGCUUCAUAACAUCAGCUAUUCUAGAUUAAUUAGUUGGCUAUUUCUC